AGUGCAAAAUCUCUUGAGCCAAUCAUAAUAGAUGAGCCACCGAACUUCUUCGACUCGGUGAAGAAGAAGAAGAAGGUAUCUUUUGAGGGAGUGGAAUUGGGCCCGGUUAGGAAAGGUGAAAAGAGCAAGAAGAAAGGUUUACUCAACUCGAAUGAGUCUUUGAAAGUUCGCUUAAAAGUUAGGCAUUUAAAGAAAGGAUGCAUGAAACGUAAAGCUUGGUUUGAAAAGAAAG